AUGAAAUUACUUGUAGUGCUUUUCGCAAUUGUAGCCGUUGGUUGGGCUAUGCCACAAUUUGGUGGUGGACAAGGAGGAUUUGGUGGUGGACAAGGAGGCUUUGGCGGGAAUCAAGGAGGUGGUUUCGGUGGAAAUCAAGGAGGUGGCUUCGGUGGAAAUCAAGGAGGUGGUUUCGGUGGAAACGGAGGCGGUUUCGGUGGAAACCAAGGAUUCGGUGGUCCUGGUAAAUGA